AUGGCACUAACGAAGAAGAGUCUCUCUACUGCUCUUCUCUCAUCACCACUUCUGAUCAUUUGCCUUAUCGCAUUGCUAUCUGAUCCUGUUACAGUCGGAGCUCGCCGGUUACUAGAAGAAAUUCCUAAACCGGAGAUACCCAAAUUGCCGGAACUACCUCACCCGGAGCUACCGAAAUUCGAAGUUCCCAAGUUUCCGGAGCUCCCUAAACCAGAGUUGCCCAAGCUACCCGAAUUUCCAAAGCCUGAGUUGCCCAAAAUUCCGGAAAUCCAGAAGCCUGAGUUGCCUAAGCUACCGGAGAUUCCGAAGCCAGAGUUGCCCAAGAUUCCUGAAAUUCAAAAGCCUGAAUUGCCAAAGCUGCCGGAGGUUCCGAAGCCUGAGGCGUCUAAGUUGAUGGAGACUCCGAAGCCUGAGGCUCCCAAGUUGCCGGAAAUUCAGAAGCCUGAGCUACCAAAGAUGCCGGAGAUUCAGAAGCCUGAGGCUCCUAAGUUGCCGGAAAUUCAGAAGCCGGAGCUACCAAAGAUUCCAGAGGUUCAAAAACCAGAGCUACCAAAGGUUCCGGAGAUACAGAAGCCGGAGUUACCAAAGAUGCCGGAGAUUCCUAAGCCUGAGUUGCCAAAGAUGCCGGAGAUUCAGAAGCCGGAGCUGCCAAAGAUUCCAGAGGUUCCAAAGCCUGAGUUGCCGAAAGUUCCGGAGAUUCAGAAGCCGGAGCUACCAAAGAUGCCGGAGAUUCCCAAGCCAGAGUUGCCAAAGGUUCCGGAGAUUCAAAAGCCGGAGCUACCAAAGAUGCCGGAGGUUCCUACGCCAGAGUUACCGAAGAUUCCAGAAGUUCAAAAGCCUGAGGCUCCUAAGUUGCCGGAGAUUCAGAAGCCGGAAUUGCCCAAGAUGCCAGAGAUUCCGAAACCGGAGUUACCAAAGAUCCCAGAGGUUCCAAAGCCAGAGCUGCCGAAGAUUCCAGAGAUUGCGAAACCUGAGGUUCCAAAAAUGCCGGAGAUUCCGAAGCCAGAGCUACCGAAGAUGCCUGAACUUCCCAAGUUGCCGGAAUUCCCAAAAGUUCCCGGGACUGCCUAA